ACACGCCAGUGGCGUCCAGUAGCCAAUACUCAGAUUGUCUCUACAGUCACUGAGUGCAGUUUGUCGGUGUUUUGCUCCACAGAGACAGAAUAUCGUUCAAAUCUGUAAUUUUCAGAGUUUUUUUGUUGUUGCUUUUUUUAGGGUACUUUACUUUGACGUUAUAUAAAUACUCCAAUAACUUCUUGAUUUGGGUUUUUCUCAGCUUCAUCUUCCACGUCAGGAUGGAUCAUAAUGACUGGCAGCGAGGGAGAAGUAGAGGGCACCGGCGCAACGACGACGACGAUGACGAGGCCCAGCCAGUCUACAUCGGUGUUCCAGUUUCCCACAGGCGAAAAAGGCGCAGACAUCGCUCCAACGUCAGUGACGCUGACCGUGACACGCGUCACUCCCACUAUGAUCACCACGCGCACGGCGAGCACUCGCAGCGCGGGUACUACCACGACAGGGAGGAGCACUACGACGACGACGACGAGGGCAGUGCUGAGCGCCACCAGCACGCCAACCUCUCAGUGUCCCCUGCAGCAGAGCGGCUGCGCCACAUCCUGGGGGAGGAUGACAACACCCCGACACCCACAAUAUUCACCGAGAUGGACACACUGCAGAACGAGGGCGGCGAAAUAGAGUGGAAAGAGUCUGCGAGGUGGGUGAAGUUUGAGGAGAAGGUGGAGGAGGGCGGAGAGAGAUGGAGCAAGCCUCAUGUGUCCACGCUGACCCUCCACAGCCUGUUUGAGCUCCGGACCUGUCUGCAGACGGGAAGCAUCCUGCUCGACCUGGAGGGCUACUCACUGCCUCAGAUCGUGGAUGAGAUCGUGGAUCGGCAGAUAGCUGAUGGUCUCAUUCCUCCGGAUCUGAAGGAGAAGAUCAGCUUCGUGUUGCUCAGGAAGCACCGUCACCAGACCAAGAAACCCAUCCACCGCUCGCUGGCAGACAUCGGAAAGUCCUCCAGCGCUGCAUCCAACCGCAGUCCUCAGGUUAAUCUGAAAUAUAGCACUAAUUCAGCUUCUGGGAUCCACCACUCCACAGAAGACCUACACUCUCGGCAGCCAAGCAGUCUUAGCCGCCUGCGUCAAGCCCAGAGCCGAAGCAUGAACGAUAUUUCGGACACGCCAAGCACAGACCAGCUGAAGAAUAAGUUCAUGAAGAAGAUUCCUCGGGACGCCGAAGCUUCCAAUGUCCUGGUCGGCGAGGUGGAUUUUCUGGACAAACCCUUUGUCUCGUUUGUACGUUUGGCUCAGGCCACCACUCUGGGAGGCCUCACCGAAGUCCCCGUACCCACAAGGUUUCUCUUCAUCUUGCUGGGUCCUCAAGGCAAAACCAAGUCCUACAAUGAGAUCGGCAGAGCUAUCGCUACGCUCAUGGUGGACGAUCUGUUUAGUGAUGUUGCCUACAAAGCCCGGGACCGUGAAGACCUGAUCGCGGGUGUCGAUGAGUUUCUGGAUGAGGUGAUUGUCCUCCCUCCAGGAGAAUGGGACCCAAAAAUACGCAUCGAACCUCCCAAGAAGGUCCCAUCGGCAGAAAUGAGGAAGUCAGUGCUGAACCUGAACGAGCUGGGUCAAAUGAACGGCUCGGCCGGCGGCGCAGCCGGAGGAGAAGACACGGAGUUUCCAGCUCCACAUGAGCUCGGAGAGGAGCUGAAGUUCACUGGGAGGUUUGCAGGCGGAUUAUGGCUGGACAUCAAGCGGAAGGCCCCGUGGAUUUGUAGUGACAUCUACGACGGCUUCCAUAUCCAGUCCAUCUCCGCCGUGGUCUUCAUCUACCUGGGCUGCAUCACCAAUGCCAUCACCUUCGGAGGACUGCUAGGGGACGCUACCGACAACUACCAGGGAGUGAUGGAGAGUUUCCUCGGCACUGCUUUAGCGGGGACUGUGUUUUGUGCUUUCAGUGGGCAACCUCUCAUCAUCCUCAGUUCAACUGGACCCAUUCUCAUCUUUGAGAAACUGCUUUAUGAAUUCAGCAAGAGCAAUGGUAUAGACUACAUGGAGUUGCGUCUGUGGAUCGGCAUUCACUCGUGUCUCCAGUGUUUCCUGCUGGUAGUCACGGACGCCAGCUACAUUAUCAAGUACAUGACGCGCUUCACAGAGGAGGGGUUCUCCAGCCUCAUCUCCUUCAUAUUCAUCUCUGAUGCCAUCAAGAAGAUGGUAGGAGCCUUGAAAUAUUACCCAAUCAACCGCGGCUUCAAGCCUGACUACAUAACUUCCUACAAGUGUGAAUGCAUCGCGCCGGACCAGGCAUCUGUGCUCGGCUUCAAUGUUUCAGCUCCACUCGCAGAUGAUAACAUGACUCUGCUGUUUAACUUGACAGACAUGGACUGGAGUCAGCUGAGUAAGAAAGAGUGCGUGAAUUAUGGCGGCACGCUGGUGGGGAACUCCUGUAAGUAUGUGCCCGACUUGGCCCUCAUGUCCUUCAUCCUCUUUUUCGGGACCUACUCCAUGACUGUGUCUCUCAAGAAGUUCAAGUUCAGCCGCUACUUCCCGACAACGCUCCGUUCCCUCAUCAGUGAUUUCUCCGUCAUCAUUUCCAUCCUGGUCUUCUGUGGGGUGGAUCGCCUGAUGGAGCUGGACACCCCCAAACUGCACGUGCCCACUGAGAUCAAGCUGAGGAAGCUAAUCAGUGAUUUUGCCAUCUUCAUGUCAAUCAUGUCCUUUGUGGGUCUGGAUAUGUUGAUGGGGUUAGACACACCCAAACUAAUCGUUCCAACUGAGGUCAAGCCCACGCGUCCGGAUCGCGGCUGGCUGGUGAUGCCGUUUGGUAAGAACCCGUGGUGGUGGUAUGUGGCCAGCUUCGUUCCCGCUCUCCUCGUCACCAUCUUAAUCUUCAUGGACCAGCAGAUCAGCGCUGUCAUCGUCAACCGCAAAGAAAACAAACUGAAGAAAGGUUGUGGCUACCACUUGGACCUGUUCUGGGUGGGGGUGCUGAUGGCUGCGUGUUCCUUCAUGGGUCUGCCCUGGUACGUAGCAGCUACUGUCAUCUCCAUCGCACACAUCGACUCUCUGAAGAUGGAGAGCGAGUCCAGCGCGCCCGGAGAGCAGCCACAGUUCCUCGGAGUCAGGGAGCAGAGGUUGACGGGCAUUAUGGUGUUUGUUCUGACCGGUCUCUCAGUUUUCCUCGCUCCAGUUCUACAGUACAUUCCCAUGCCAGUCCUGUAUGGAGUGUUCCUCUACAUGGGAGUGGCCUCACUGAGUGGCAUCCAGUUCUGGGAGCGUAUCAAGCUGUAUCUGAUGCCGCCCAAACACCAGCCAGACUUCUCCUUCCUGCGUCAUGUUCCUCUGAGACGUGUCCAUCUUUUCACGCUCGUCCAGAUCGUCUGUUUGGCCGUCCUCUGGAUCCUGAAGUCCACCUUCCUGGCCAUCAUCUUCCCAGUAAUGAUUCUGGGUCUGAUGGUCGUGAGGAAGCUGCUGGAUCUGAUGUUCUCACAGCACGACUUGGCCUGGCUGGACGACAUCCUGCCAGACAAAGACAAGAAGACAAAGGAGGACGACAAGAAGAAGAAGAGGAAUAAAAAGGCGGCAGAGCCAGAGAGCGACGAGGAGCCCAACAGCUCUGUCCCCCCUCCAGUGAAGAUUCCCAUGGAGGCCAUAGAGUCCCACACAGAGCCUGUCCCCGUCCAUGUUAACCCUCCCGCCCAAAACCAAACCUCUGAUUGAGAUGAACCCUUACUCGACAGUCUCGUCCAAUCAAAAUGAAUUAGACCGCAGCAUCACUCUACACCUGAAGAUCUCCUGCCCCGACUCACCUGCCCACUCCCAGACCUCGAGCCUCGGCCCCGGGUGUACUCCGCCACGCCCGCUCGCGCCCCAGCUCAGCAUCCAGGUGGACUCGGACUGCGAGGAGUCAGGCUUCUACUCCAGGAAACACCCCCGCUUUUAUCCCCCUCAGGUCUGGCUGCCUCCGCCUGACAUACACACAGACUUUCGUCAAAAACUGCACGCUCACUUCGGGGACUCCUGUGCUGAGACCGUCCUGUAGACACACACACACACACACACACACACACACACACACACACACACAGAAGGAAGGUGCAAAGGGUUGCGAAUAACUCAUAAUCUGCUUGAUAUCUACAUUUUAUCUCGGUUUAAAUUCUUUUUUUUUUUUUAGAGGCUGAGACUAAUGUGCAUACAGAAAGUGCUCUCACACCUUUUAAUCGGCUCUUUAUUAGAUAUAGCUCUACGUUUUAUUAUCAGGGAUGUAACGAUACACUCAACACACGAUUCCCGAUUUAAAGUUCAUGAUAUG